UUUCCUCGAAUGACGGGGCUGCUACAGGUUCUUCCUCUAGUGUUGUACCAGAAGUGGAUGAAAUCAGUACAGAUAUUGGAUUCCGUCGUGAUUUCACUUCCAAUGGAAGUAUUGCCGUUGGUGAAGUCAGGAAAAGUGAUAUAUGUAUAUGCCAUUAAGCCAAGUGACUAUUAUGUCGACAGAGCCACUGGGAUUGAAUGUUAAGCCUCAAACUCCUUCAAUUUCUAGGGAUACAGACAACCAAAAGGGAGUACACAGUAAGCUUGAAUUCUUUGAACCCUCAAGGAGAAUUUCUGGAUGAAGAGUUUAGAGCUGUAUGCGAUGACUGGGAGAAUUCUUUAAUGGUGGUGCAUGAGACUGGCUCAGUCACAGUAUUGCAAUGUCAGAACAAAAAUACAAAUUGGUUGCUCCUGGACCCUUCUACUGGAUGGUUGUUAAAUUGCUGAAGAUCACUUAACCCACUUCAGUUUUACAAAGUCCCUUUGAGUCAUUUUGUCAAAUGCCUACAAUGCAAAAUCACCUCAAAUAAUACAUUAAACCAUAUGAUUGGUCAUUGGGUCUCACUCUUUUUUACACUAAAUGGUCAGGUACGUGUCACUUUUCCAGGAAUCAGAACAUCCUCUCUCUCUUUUUUCCUUUUAAAUCUCCUUUUUCUUUUGUCUUUCGUCUUUUUUCUCCUUCUCCUUCUUCUUCAUUUCUUCUGUUCUCUGAAAACGAAAUUGAUAGAAAGAGAAACUAAUAGAAAUGGUGUCGGAUGAUGGAGGAAGUAAGAAUUCACUUCUUAAGAAGAUUCUAGGGUUUGGAUAUUGGGUACAGGGAUUAAGAUGCUUUCCAUGGAUGGCUGUGAAUUUCUAUCUAAAAGACGGUCUACAUCUCGAUCCUUCUAGUCUUCAGAUUCUAAUGAAUUCUGCUAAUCUUCCUAUGGUUGGUAAACCUCUCUAUGGUGUCAUUUCUGAUGCUGUUUACAUCAAUGGACAACACAGGAUUCCAUACAUCGCCAUUGGAGUGUUGUUGCAAGCAUUGUCAUGGCUGGCAAUAGCCCUACUUCCACCGUCAACAAUGUCUGUCUCCGUUAUAUCGUUGUUUCUCCUUCUUAGCAACCUCGGUGCUUCAGUCGUCGAGGUUGCAAACGAUGCCCUAGUUGCUGAGUCUGGUAAAGUACCUACAACUUCAAAAAAAUCUGAAACAUCAUCUUCGUCCGGCCAGCUUCAAUCAUUUGUAUGGAUGUGUGUUUCUGUUGGUGGAGUCCUCGGUAACCUUCUUGGUGGAAUGGUUAUUAAGAAAUACUCGCCUCAAUUUAUGUUUCUUUCGUUUGGCAUUCUACUUGUUUUCCAGUUCUUCGUAACUGUAGCAGUUCGCGAGAAAUCACUCAACCUCCCAAAGAGUUCGUCAAGCUCAGGGAUUCGUAAGCAACUUUCAGAACUUUCAUUAGCAUUACGAAGACCAGAUAUUGCUUACUCCAUAGCAUGGUUUGCAGCAUCUUUUGCUGUUGUCCCGAUCUUGACAGGAACAAUGUUUUUCUACCAAACACAACAUUUGAAACUUGAUUCAUCUGUAUUGGGAAUCUCCAAAGUAUUUGGACAAUUGGGUAUGCUUGUAUGGGGUUCAGUAUACAAUGCAAAAUUGAAAUCGGUCUCUCCAAGGAAGUUAAUGUCGAUGGUCCAAGCAACAACAGGCGCACUCAUGCUAUCUGAUGUUUUAUUCGUGAAUGGCACAUAUCUGAAAAUGGGAAUUCCAAAUUCAGUUUACGUCGUGAUCUUCUCCGGGUUAUUGGAAAUUCUACUUCUAUUUAAGGCACUUCCUUUCACUGUUCUCAUAGCUCAGCUUUGCCCAAGGGGCUGUGAAGGUUCUUUAAUGGCUUUUGUAAUGUCAGCCAUUGCCUUAGCUAUGAUUGUAAGUGGAUAUUUGGGUGUUGCACUUGCAUCGUACACUGGAGUCACCGGUGAAGAUUUCUCAGGGUUGCCGAAAGCCAUUGUCAUACAAGCUGCGUGUACAGUUCUGCCACUCUUUUUCUCAUCAUGGGUCCACAGUGACACUAAGUCAUCGCAAGUACAGAAGCAAAAGAACAAGAAGAAAAACUAGCUAGCCAGAUCUGGAGGCAAAAAAAUGGUGAAAUUCAGUACAUUGCUGAACAUUACAGCGAAUGUUGGUACUUUAGUUUUCUUGUUGUAUUUUCUUUAUACAUCAAGAUUCUCAUGUAAAAAGAACGAGACCCAGCUUGAGUUUCAGAAAGGACCACGUGGUUUUUGUUGUUGU